UGUUCUUUCAACGGUUACAAACUAGUCUCCUUUUUCGAUACAAAACGCAGUGACCAUUUUCUCAAGCCAUAAGCAUUUACCCAAAUGAAGGUUAUGAAAGCAAUGAAGAAGCUCAAGUUUUGGUCAAGAAAGAAGAGGAAACGAAAGCAAGCUUGCCCAUCUCAGCCUCACCAUUGCUCAAAUGAGUACUCCUCCUUGGCAGCAGCUGGCUCUUAUGAGUACUCCUCCUUGGCAGCAGCUGGCUCUUAUGAAUACUUCUCCUUGGCAGCAGGGUUGCCGGUUGAGCCCACAGCGCCUCCUCUUUCGUUUUGGCUAGAUGAGAGUCAGAGUUUCUGCCAGCCAGAAGAGACAUCAACAUUUCCUUGGAAUACUCAGUUGCCUAGCCAACAAGAAGAAACCAUAGUCGAGGCAAACCCGUUGUUGUUGUCUCAAGUGUCUGAUCUUCGCAUCUACCAGUCUUAUCAGCAGUACAUGGUGCCUAAUCCAACUAAUGACGUCCCCAUUGUAGAACCACAUGUAGCUACUACAGCCAAGAGAUCAGUGGGAAUAUUUGGUUGUGUAAUCGAGUUAAGUUCGAGUCUAGUUCGUUGUUUCAUCCCGUGAUUGAGCAAAUUAUAAACCGAUUUACUAAAUAAUUCUAGGUAAGGUCAUAAUAAUUGUUUAGAAGUGUAAAAUAAAACUUUGUAAGUCAUUCUAAAGAAAAACCAAUAUUCGUUUAUUGUA